CUUUAGUUCAGAUAUGGUUGUGUAGUCGUGAUCGUAAUGGCUGUGUGCUUUUAAAUUAGGCGGGAAUAUAAUAAUUUAAUAUAAUAUUGUAAUAUAACAUUAUUUUCACGGACAGAGAGCGCACUAAGUUAGUUAAGCAGCUGUUCCUGAGAUCAAUAAGAGUUUGGUGGCGUUACAGAGUAAUACUACUCUGUGGUUUUCUAGCUCUCCAUACUUAUCUAUAAUACAUUUUUAUCUUGAACGUUUGGACGUGCAAACGAUUUUCAUCAAUACUAAGAAUAAUUUUUGUCAUCUGUUAGUUUAUGACAGUUUUCGCAAAUAGAUUACUCGUUUAGUUAAUUACUAAUUUAAAGUUUUUGUUUGUCAAAGGAUACAGAGAAGUAAGAAUUUUAAUAAUUAUUAUACUAUUAUGUUUAUUAGGCCGAAGCUUUAGCGUGUUGAAAAAGUUGUAAUAGAUGGGCGAUCUAAAGUCAACUUUUUGAUUUUCGUCAUUAAUCCAAUAGGGUGACGCCAUUAAUAUUCAAAUUAUUGGCACGGCGUAAACCGUGGGUAUUGAUUUAAACUAGGUUAUCUUAUGACAAUAGCAACAACAAUAAAACGGGUAUGUUUACAACAAUACUGGUUUUAGUGUUGUUUACAACAGUUUUAAAGUAUACAAAUAUCUAUUUUGUUAUAUUAAUGAAGUCUUGCCAAUUUGACUAAAUUAAAAAUUUAGUCACCAUUGAAAAUCAAUGACAGAUAACAGUUUUGUCGAAAAAUACAUUUUUAUACUUAGCUUUGUUUAUUGGUCUAUUAGUAUGUUAUAUGAUGUUGACAAAACUGUUUGAAUUAAAACAGCAUUUUUCGCCUUAUUUUAAUGUAACAAUAUAGGUAUCAUUCCUAAUAUUGUGUUAAAUAUUAUUUUUCAUAACUUUGAGAUAACGUGAGUGACCUAUAUAAUAAAUAUUGUUUAUUACCGUACAUAAUUAUCACAUUUACAAAAUAGUUCAAUAGUUCUUGUAGAGAUCUCUGCCAAUAUACAUUCCUAUAUAUUUUAUAUGUAGAGCGUGGAUUUUUAUGUAAAUAUAUAAUGUUAUCAAAUGUAAAUAUAUUUUAAUUCUGAUUAAAAAUAAAUAAGUUUCAUAACACCCUGAAUAAAAUAAAACUUUUAUUUUACAUAUUUUUAAAUAUUUUACUAAAAAGUACAUAUUUGGUAAAUAUUUUGGAAAUUCAUAUAUAGGUUACGUACCUAUUAAAUUUAUCAGAAAUAUUGAUACUAACCAUUAUUGAAAUAUUAAAAGGUAUUUAAAUUAUUUUUCUAAAUACAAACGAAAACAUUUCAUUAGAUAUUGAAUUUUUACUAUCUGCAUAAAUCAAAUAUGAAAUUCCAAAAAAAAUUUGACGUUGACCGCGUCUUUGGUCACUACAAAUCAAUUUUGAGACCUAACCACCAUACAUUUAAAUUUGAUAAUAUACAAAUGUACAUUGUUUUUCAAGAAGAUGAAGAUGAAUAAAUAAAAUAAAAACAAUUUAACCUAAAUCCAAUUUUAUUUUAUUUACUAAACCUAUAUAUAGAAUAUUUCUGUAUGAUUAAAAUUAAAAAUUAAUUUAAAAUUCAAAUUUUUAUGUUUUAUAUUUCAUUAUUUUUAUUACAUAUUUUGGCAAAAAUAACAUAAAUAUUUACAUAUUUUUACAUUUUUAAUACACUUAAAUAUCAUACUCUUGUUUAACGAAAAAAUGCUUAACGUGGUUUAACAUUUAAUAUUGGCAAUUAUUUUCCUAAAAUAACUCAAGAAAAAAAUGUCAAAAAUUCCACAAGGAUCAGUUUGAGAAACUUAUAUUUACAAACAUUAAUAAGAAAAACAGAUAACCAAUUUCACAGUUUCUACAAUAUUGACUGAUGAGAUAUUAAUAAAUUUACUUUGAAAUGUUUCAAUAAUAAAAAUAAUAGUUCCUGGACAGAACAAUAUAAAUAGUAUACAUUAUGAUUAUUUAAUAUAUAUUAAUAUAAUUCCAUAGAACAAGAAUUUUGAAUAGAGCACCGAGUAUAAUUUCUAGUUAAAAUGUGUGUUUAAAAGAAGUACCCAUAUACUACAUUUAUUUAUUUUGCAUUUGUUUACUUAGGUAUCAUAAAAAUGUAAUCUCACAAAUUUGUAAAUGUUUUGGCUACUACAGUCAACAACUCUCAGUAGUCACGAUCCUGGACUUCUUCUCCCAAUCUGUUACCUCUAAUUUCUCUAGAUCUUGAUGCAUCCAUCCAUCCAUUCUUCACUUUCUUGACCUGCCUCUGUGUCUUUUUCCUGAUGGUUUAUAUUCAAAUGACACCUUAGCUUUCUUAGAUAUAGUUCAGGUAUUAUUUAUAAUUUCUUAUUGAAUGUAUAACUAUGGUAUCUAACACUCAAAUAAUUUCUUUUUUACUAAAUUGGUAGUUAUUACAAUUACAUAUUUGAAAAUGAUUAAGUUAAAUGUAGCAAUAUUUCACUUUGUAUGUGUUAUUGCUUAUAACUUCUGUAUUGAAAUGGAGAUUUAUUUUAAUAUUGAUUUACUCAGUUGAAAAUUUAAUUUUAAUGUACCUGGCAUAGAAAAAUUGAGUAUACAUUAUUUCUAUAGUUUUAUUACUUAUAAUAUUUCUUUACCUAAUGUUAUUACCAAAAUCUAAAACUUCAUUUAUUUGUGGAAUUUUGAAUACAUGUUGUUAUUUGAAGUUAUCAACAGUAGGUAGUGGUUUAAUAACUAAAAAUAAGGGCAAUAAUAAAUAAAAUUAUAUGCAACAUUUUAGAGCUGCUUGUUUCUUAAUAAGUGUUCUAAAACAAAUUCUGAAAAAAUGCUGAUCAUCCUGUAUAUAUUUUACUUACAUGUUUUUUUUUGUAUUUAUUUUUAGACUGAUUAUAAAUCUAUCCACAAAGUAGUGUAUGAAUUAAGAAUUCCUAAAAUAAAAGACAUUUUGGAUAUUCAAAACAACAUAAUAUCUUAACAAACAACAAUUAAGUGGAUAUUUAGUAAAGAAGCUCACUGUCCUUAAAAUUAUAAUACCUCUGGUACAGAAAAUUAUGCAACUCGAUACAAAAAAAAUCUUCAACAAUAUAUUUUACAGCCACUUAUAAAGAAAUUCAAAAACAUUUAAGUUUUACCUGCAGCAUCUAUACAAUGGACGGUUUAAUGAUACCUUUUCAAACUACUUUUGAAGAUACUAUUCCAUUCUUCAAAGUAAUGGAAACUUUAAUGAACCCUAUUUACUUUGUGCCAGUUUUAUAUCAUUUAGCGCCCUUCGCAAGUCGAUUUAGUUUAUCUGAGAAUGCUUUAAAUUCUAUCAUUAAUUCAUGGGAUGCUGCAAAACAAAAAUAUAAAAUUCAAGUAAUAUUAAUUUUUGAAGAAAUUAAAUAUGAACAUUAUACUAUUGAACGUAACAUAACAGACCGUGUACCUUACAACUUAACAAUUUUUGUUAAUGAUAGAAGACCUAAAUUACCCAAGUUACUGGCACCAUUAAAUUUUUGUGAAACUACUUGUCGUUGUAAUUUCUAUAUGGAUAUUACGCGUGAAAUAUUUUUAAAAGAUGAUAUUUCUGCAUGGAAUCAUAUACAAAUGCAAUUUAUCGCAGAUCCAAAUGAGUAUUUGUUUGGUAUUUAUUUAGUUGAGAAAGUAACUCCAGACGAACUAGUUGAAAAACUCAAAGAAAAACCUUUACGGGAAUGUAAAAUUACUAAAGAUCUCAUUAAAAAAUCUAUGGAAAGUGAUAUUGAUAUGGAAGUAAUCUCUAUGUUUGCUACACUUCAGGACCCAUUGAGUAAAAUGAGAAUGAAACUACCUGCCCGAGGUGUGCAUUGUAUACAUCUUCAAUGUUUUGACGCUUUACAAUUUUUACAAAUGAAUGAACACAAGCAAACAUGGACAUGCCCAUUGUGUAAGAAAAAAGUUAAAUUUGAAGAUAUUGAAAUCGAUGAAUUUUUUUUAAACAUUCUUGAGAGUCCAGAUCUCGGUGAGACAUGUGAGAAUGUAAUUUUAUUAAAUGAUGGAUCAUGGUCUGAGAAAAAUAAUAGUGAAUUCUCAAAUAGUUCUGUAUCAAGUAGUCCAACUAAUAACCAAGAUGAAGUAUUCGCUUUGUCAGAUUCUGACGAGGAUCCCGACAAGGAUUCCAACGAGGAUCCCGACAAGGAUUCCAACGAGGAUUCCGAUCAUGAAGAUGAGCAUUCUGCAAAACGUAUAAAGUGCUUGUAAACAAAAAAUUUGAAAACAGUGGAUGAAUAUUUUUUAAUAUUCUUCAGUAUACAAAUUAUAUGUAAAAUAGCAUUUUUCUCAUGGGCCAAAACAAAAUUUAACAAAUUAUCACAUUAUUCUGGAUCAAAUAACUAACAUUUUAAUAAUCCAUUUGAAGUGUUUAUAUUAUCAGAUAAGGACGUUAAAGAUGCUCUGCUUGCAACGUGAACAUAGUAUAAUACUUUAAAAGAAAGAAAAUCUGAAAAUAAAAAUGUAGUAAAAUCAAAUGGUAUAAAUAGUUUAUUAUAAUUGUCAAGUUAAGAGUACCAAUUAUUAUGGAAAAAUAAUGUGGUCAUUCAACUUAGAAAAAACCAACCUUUAUGUUUACAUUAUGUAAUAUAUACAUUUUUUGUAGUUUUUGAGCAUAUUUAUGUACUUAUAUAUUUUAUAUUGAUCAUAUUAAUAUGCUAUUUCCUAUUUAUUAUUAUAUUUAAAAACAAAAUCUAGAUGUUUACCUAUUUAAUAUUAUAUACCUAUUAUAUUUAAAAACAAAAUCUAAAUGUUUACCUAUUUAAUAUUAUAUACCUAUUAUAUUUAAAAACAAAAUCUAGAUGUUUACUAUACUUUUUUUUUACUUUAUUCUUAAUUAGAAUUGCAUAGAAUAAUUACAAAUUUGUACAAAUAUUUUGACUUUAACUAUUUUGUCCAUGGUUUAUUUUAAUUUAAGUAUCAAACUAUCCUGCCUUUUUUAUUUUAUUUCUACAAGGUCAAAUUUGAAAACUAUGUUAUUUGCACAGAAGAGAUUUAAAAGAAAACUAAUCAAAUUUUGAUGUAAAAUAACUAGUUUUAUUAUAAACAGACAUAUAAUACUAUUAGUUAUAAAUUAUAAUAUUAUACAACAUAGAAAUAUAAUGAAAAAAAUAAACAAAACAUGGAUUUUAAUUAAAUGUAUAAAAAUUGCUUAGCUGUUCAUAGUAAUAAUUCAUUUUUAUAUUUGUACAAUAAUUAUAUUAAAUUGAAAUUAUGUUAUACCUUAUACUAGUAUUAUUAGAUAUAAUAACAUAGAUUAAUCUAAUGUUAUAACACAUAGCACAGAUCGUGAUUUAUCUUUUUCUUGGGGGUUAUUAUUCCUACUAGUUUCAGAACAACUGGCUUUACUAUUAUUGCUAUUAGUUUGUGUAAUUGUUAUACUUGGUAGAUACAAAUCAUUGAAUAUUGAUGAAGAUCCAGUUGUUGGAACACUAUGCCCAUUUACCUUAAUGUUUGAUGAAUUAUGUCCACUUGUCGAUGCUAUUGGACCAUUUUUAAUACUCAGGUCCAAUACAAGAUCAUUUUCAGAAGAGUUUUUAUUAUUUAAUUUUGUUCGAUUUUCAGUUUCUGCUAGAGCAUAUUCAGCUUUAAUUAAAGGAUGAUUGUUUUGUGGUGGAAUAUACUUUUUACGUUUUAUAGAAUGCUUGUCUUUGCCAUCAGAAUCCUCAUCAGAAUCUGACAAUGUGUAAACUUCAACUGGUUUUUUAGCUGGAGUGUUUGAUACAGAACUAUUUGAGAACUCUCUAUUUUUUUUCUCAGACCAUGAUCCGUCUUUUAAUAAAAUUACAUUCUCACAUGUUUUACUUAAAUUUGGAUUCUGAAGAAUAUGUAAAAAAAAUUCAUCAACUUCGAGGUCUUCGAAUUUAACUUUUUUCUUACACAAUGGGCAUGCCCAUGUUUGCUUUUGUUCGUUCAUUUGCAAAAACUGUAUUGCGUCAAAACAUUGAAGAUGUAUACAAUGCAUACCUCGGGCAGGUAGUUUCAUUCUUGUUUUACUCAAUGGGUCCAGAAGUGUAGCGAACAUUGAGUCUAUACCCAUAUCAAUAUCACUUUCCAUAGAUUUUGUUAUUAGUUCUUUAGUAUUUUCACAUUUGCGUAUUGGUUUUUCUUUAAGUUUUAUAAGAAGUUCGUCUGAAGUCAAUUUUUCAGCUACAUAAACACUAGCCAUAUAUUCAUACGGCUCUUGUGACCAUGUAAUUUUUAAUUCAUUUUGUAAACAAUUUCUUAAAUCUGUUUGCUGAGUUAUGUCUAUAGGAACAUUAUUUCGCCAUGGGGUAAUACCAGCUUUUGUUGGGAUGUUCAAUGCAGGUAAUUUACAUUCCUGACCGUUCACAGAAACUGUUAUGUUGUAUGGCAAACGUUCUGUAACAUUUUCCUUGAGUUCAAUUUGUACAAAUCUUAAAAUGAUUUGUAAUUUAUAUGCUUGUUUAGAUAUGUUCCAUGUCUUCAUAAUAGAAUGUCUAAGAUGAUCUGUUAAAUAAUAAAGACCAGUAAAGUUGGCUGAAUCAAUAUUAGUUUGACAGUACAUAGGCUCCAAUAAUGUUUGCAUUGAAUUAUAGAAAGGUAAGUGUUCAAAUUUGACAGUUUUAUUAUAUAGAAUAUUGUUUAUAGGACCUUGUAUACAAUUAUUAAAACUAGGAGAGCCUUGAUCAUAAAUUGAUGGUUGGCGGUGUACUCGUGAAGUAUGUUGCUGUAAUGAUAGUUGAUUGAAAUGCAGAGUUGGUUGUUGAGUUCUAGAUCCAUAGACUUGUAUAAUUUUUUGCCUCAAAUUUUUUGUUUUUGAAGAAGAAGCAGACAAUAAAUUUAAUGUACGCUUGCGUAAUACUUGCUUAUUUCCAGAUUUAUUCUGUUUAACGGAAUCUAAAAUUAAUUGUAGUUCAUUCAUUUUUAAGUCGUACACUAACUGGUGUACAUAUUCAAUAUCAGCCUAUAAAAAAAAAUAAAAAUAAAUUAGGUACUGUUUCACAAAUAUUAUGCAAUAAAUAACAUAUUUAAAUUAAUACUAUUAAUAGUAAUAUUAUUAUAAUAGUUUUCUAACUUUUUAGCUGACAUGUCUUUUUGAACCAGUCAGUCAGAACCGCCUCUGCUAUGAAAACCGCAAAGAACAGAAAUACAAAAUUAACAUUAAACUAAUUAACAUUAAACUAACAUAAAAAAUUGUAAUGAAAGUGAAAAAUUAAACUUAAUAUAAUGAAUGUUUAAGAGGUGUGACUUAUUCAUAUCAAUAAAAAAAAAAUAAAAAAUUCCAAUAAAUUGUUUUAUUUGUAUUCUGCGGCGUUCCUUAUAUUUUCUCAGGGCACCAGACUGCACAGUUUGUGA